AUGAUUAUCAUCCUUGGUUUAUGCCAGAAACUCUUGACUGUACCCAACACAAAGCCAGCACCAAGCGUGAGAUUGUUCGGACGCGUGCCACAAAGGCCGCCACCGCCGCCCGUGAAUUCAACUGAAUCUCCCGCGUCAUUAUCACACCAUUCCACGACCGAUGAUGUCAGUUCUCGGAACUCGUUUACUUAUCACAGACACUGGGAUGUGAACUGCCCUGUUCUAUUUGCCGGUGACAGUGUUGCUGUUAGAGACACGGCUGAGUCUUUAGCGAGAGAGCGAGCCCGAAACAACGGGUCGCUGCCGGUCCCGAGUGAUGUCGAAGUCCGGCAAUGGACGCAGGACUGUAAAGCGUUUCGCUCCGGUGCGAGAUACCCAACUCACCCCAUGUCCACGGACGAGGCCAAGUUCCCUAUAGCCUACACUAUCAUCACUCACACCACUUCAGCCCAGGUUGAGAGAUUACUCCGUGCGAUCUAUCAACCACAGAACAUUUAUUGCAUCCACCCGGAUCUGAACUCACCACAUGACUUUCAUCGUGCCAUCCGCGGCAUCGCUUCUUGCUUCCCUAAUGUUUUCAUUGCGUCAAAACUAGAAGAGGUGCAGUACGCAGGAUUUACACGUCUACGAGCAGAUCUCAACUGCAUGAAUGACUUAAUAGGCCCUCAGGCGGCGGGCUUCGAUUGGCGUUAUCUCAUCAAUCUCUGUGGACAGGAUUUCCCGCUCAAAACUAAUCUAGAAAUUGUCCGCCAGCUACAAUUUUACAAUGGCACAAAUGAUGUGAAGAGCAUAGUCCCAUAUUACGUCAAAGAAAGAUGGACGUCCUUCCACCAUAUCAUCAAGAACGGAAAAGUGACACAGACAAAGUUCCGCAAAACUCCCCCUCCCCACAACUUCACUGUGUAUAAUGGUAACGCCUACUUUGCAGGAACGCGGCAGUUCAUUGAGUAUGCCCUGAAAGACCGUCAUGCUUUGGACCUGCUUGAGUGGUCAAAAGACACGUAUAGUCCCGAUGAAAACUUCUGGUCGACCCUACACCGCGCCCCAGGCGCACCGGGAGGGUUCCCGGUAAGUUCGUCUCGGCCCGGACACGCCUUUCGCUUUGUGAAGUGGGAAAAUGGCUCGAAACCUGACUGUCUGUACGGUACAAUAGUCCGGCUUGUAUGUAUUUUUGCCAUCGAUUACCUUCAAUAUCUCAGUGCAGCACCGAAUCUCUUUGCCAAUAAGUUUCACUACAGUUUUGAUCCGGUGACGAUUCAGUGUUUGGAAGAGCAGCUUGAUUUCAGAAGUACUCAUCCCCUUGAAUCUAAUCAUUUGCCAAAGUUCCCCACCGAACACAUGAAACGGCCGUGA